AUGGCCCGUCGCCGCUGCGCCGUCCUCCCUGCUCGACUCCGCGUACGCCACAACAAACGCCGUGGAGCGCGCCCGCAGCCACCUGCGCUCUGCCGUGCUCCUGGGGUCGUGGACGAGGCCACCUGUUCACGCGUCUCCCUCCUCCCUCGGCUCCCUGCGCACGAGGAGCUCGCGCGUCUCCAUCUCCCUCCCCUUCGCAUCUGCGCACUGGAGCUCGCGCAUCUCCCUAAACCCUCGAACCAGUCGCAGCUCUUGCCGGCGGCGGCGGCGUCCCCGCCGCACGCGGGCAUAGUGCGCGCGCUGCGGAACCCGUCGUUCUAG